AUGGCUUACUUCAACACCAUCCACAGUCCGAGCACCUUUCGACGAAAGGCCUUGUCAGAAGGGGCCAAGAAUCUAAUCUCUCUUCUCGAUACCAAGAAACCUACUCCGGUCAGUUCUUGGGGCCGGAAACAACUCCUCGCUCUGCGGGUUCUUUGCAGGCCACUUACCAAAGAAAGGAAUCUCCCCCUCCUUGAGCCCUACCUCCCCAAGGACGUAGCGUCCAUCAACCCUCGCAUACAAGCUCUAAUCCGCGGCCCGGAUCAGGGUAUGGGGGAGUUGUGCAGGAUGUCCGAACCUCAAAUCUAUCACCUCUACAAAGAGUCAGAAGCCCUUGGGUUUAUCUGGACAACGCUUGGUGGACUCCUCCGGCCGCCGGUCAACCAGCCACAAGCCAACCAAGAUAGCCACGGGCAGCAGGAAGACUCGGGGCACCACGACUUGUCGCGAGCCUGCAACCAACCGAUUUCCUAUAUACCUGAGUUCUACAUUGGCAGUGACGAACCCAGCAGCUCCCAAUGCAUAGCCUCCAGCACCAAUAGCGUCGGAUAUACAGAGACUCCGCAGAAUCCCGCAGUUGAGGAUCUCGCACUUAGUCUCAUAAAACUCUUCGCCAUCGAUGAUGGUGGUGUGCGCUUGUUUCGCCCGGGCGAAGCUUCGACUGUGGCACUACUGGAAGCAAAGCGGCGUUUCCAGCUUAUUGAAGACGGGAAACCAAGCAUUUCGGACGAGCCAUUGGCUCAGAUGACCGGGCAGGCACUUCUGGCUCUCCUCGGGGCCACCCAGGAGAGUCUUGUAGUAGGCACCAGUGUUGUAACAAUCCACGCUACGAGUCACUAUGUGAGGUUCUUCUCCUUCGAACCUUCGUCUCUAAAGUACUUGACGCAGUUCGAGAAUAUUUCACCGACCGACGAGUCCGAUCUAUACGUCCGGGUUAGCUCAAGCGACUGGUUCGACAUCUCCGAUAAGGAUGGUAGAGAGAUGGCUAUACGUCACAUCCUCGCCUUGCUUACUUGGACACAUGAUAGGGGGAAGAAGAGCCCGGCCGAAGAGAGCAACGAUGAUACGGAAUAUGACACGGACGAGGAGUUGGAGCGCGUAGAAUUGAUCUACCAAAAAUGCGCCGAACGGGCGGGCGAGUUGCAGGAACAAUGA